AUGAACAUCAAGAGUGCAAUAUACCUGCUUUGUCUCUUACAUCUUAAUUUGGGAGCUAAUGAGGUGGCCAUCACCUCUAGUGGUCAUCGCUGGCCGUGGGACAUAUCUCAAACCCUGACAAUCAGGGGCCGAAAACAGUGUACACGGGAGUGUCAGAUGAGGGGGUCCGCGUGUCUCGCCGUGAAUUAUAAGGCAGGGAGUUUGCUUUGUGAAAUCUUAGGAAGUACACCCAACAACUUAACAGAGCUAACUGUUGACGUUAGCUAUGAUUACAUUGCAAUGUUUUCUCAAACAUCGGUAUUUUCCUCCGCAGUUUGUGAUAGUGAAUGUUCGUCAACAGCCGGAUACUGUUUACAACUAUCAUCUGGAGUAAACUACUGCAGAAAAAAGAAUCCUACUUGUCCGACAAACUACAGGUUUUCGGCUCCCCUGAAUUUUUGCUAUCUUGUCGUCACCACACCUGCAGACUUUUUAACUGCCAAGGAACACUGUGAAAGCUUACAUUCAAGGUUGGCUGUUCUUCCAACGAUGGAAUACAUAGACUAUUUAAGAGCAGAAAGGACGGGUGGUUUCCUGAGUAGCCUGAGGUACAUGGUUGGAGGUCAGUGGGAUAUGACUGCUGGACAAUGGCGAUGGUUGGACGGAAAUUUGAUUUUUGCUAAUAUCGAUAUUUCAAAAUGCCGUAUAACUCUAAAUGAAGGAGUCAUCGCUUGGGAGAACAAGUACGGACUGAUGGAUAUUAGUUCUACAAACCAAUUGGAGUUUUUAUGUGAGAAAGUUCUGCAUUAG